CCGGAACUUAGACGUCGGACGUAAUUUCGCGACGGACCUGAACAUGCUGAAAGGAGUUAGCUCACGUUUUUAUAGUUACGCAAGUUUUAAAUGAAUAAAGUUGUUAAUAUAAAGUAUUAUCUUUGUUGGGAACGACAUGGGGGUUGUAAGACACGUCGUGUGCGCCAUGUCGGGUGGAGUUGACAGCUCUGUGGCAGCUCUACUAUUAAAGAGAAGAGGCUACAAUGUGACAGGGGUGUUCAUGAAGAACUGGGACUCUCUGGAUGAGAGUGGAGUUUGCAGCACAGAGAGGGAUUGUGACGACGCCUACAGAGUGUGCCAGACUCUGGACAUCCCUUUCCACCAGGUGUCCUAUGUCAAAGAAUACUGGCACGACGUAUUUAGCAACCUGCUGAAGGAAUACGAAAAGGGUAGGACGCCAAACCCCGAUAUACUCUGCAACAAAUACAUCAAAUUUAACCAUUUCCACAAGUACGCCAUCCACACUUUAGGCGCCGAUGCCAUGGCAACCGGUCAUUACGCCAGGACGUCCCAGGAGGAUGAGGAAGUUUUCCAGCAGUCGCACACGACCCGACCCACCACACUGUUCAGGGAUCGAUUCGAGAUCAGAAACCCCGUGAAGCUGUGCAAAGGAGCCGACCUGGCCAAAGACCAGACUUUCUUCCUCAGCCAGAUUUCGCAGGACGCCUUACGGAAAACCCUCUUCCCACUCGCCGGACUCACCAAGGAGUUUGUGAAAAAGAUGGCUGCUGAAGCCGGGUUUCACCACGUGUUAAAAAAGAAAGAGAGCAUGGGCAUUUGCUUCAUUGGAGAGAGAAAUUUUGAAAACUUCAUUUUAGAGUAUCUGGAGCCUAAACCUGGGAACUUUGUGUCUAUUGAGGACGGGACGGUGAAAGGAACACAUAAAGGUUGGUUUACGCUGACCCUGGGCCAGCGGGCGAGGAUAGGUGGCCAGAAGGAUGCCUGGUUUGUGGUCGAUAAAGAUAUUGUCACCGGCGAUGUGUUUGUGGCUCCGACCACCAAUCACCCGGCUCUCUUCCGUGACACGGCGCGGACCGACCGCUUCCACUGGAUCGCCUCGGAUCCUCCCGCGGAGCUGGUCAGGACCCAGAUGAUGGAGUGCCACUUCCGCUUCAUCCACCAGAUGGCGCUCAUUCCCUGCACCGUGACUCUGAACAUGGACGGUUCGGUGUGGAUUUCUCUCUCUCAGCCGGUCAGAGCGCUGACGCCCGGACAGUUUGCAGUUCUCUACAAAGGCGACGAAUGCCUGGGCAGCGGCAAGAUGGUCCAGCUGGGGCCCAGCGAAUUCACACUGCAGAAGGGACGCGAAAGGCUAGUGGCGAACCUGCAGCAGAACGACGAGCCGAUCCCCGAUCCAGCUGGCUGAGAUCAGAGAUCAGUGCUCCGAGUGCGACCAUCUUGGAUUUGCCUGUCUGGUACAUUAGGUAGCACGAGGAGAUGUUUAUAGUGAUUUUACUCAACCUUUCGGUCUCAGUGGGGUUUAUUAUACAAGGAUAAAACAGUAGGAGGAAAGGGUUAAGUUUUGCUGCUAAGUGUUUUGAUAAAUCCUUACGUCAAAAUGGAGACUUUAUAGUAAUAAGAUGGUUUACUGAGAAAAAAUAAUAGAUUUCUAGACCAUACGCUACUACUGACUUCUAAAAGGACACAGAUGAAAUAUAAAGUGGACAGACGGUCCACAUUAUAUUUAUUCUAAAACUGUAUAAUCUCGUGUAAAUGUAUUAAAAAUGUGUAAAGUUAUUUUUAUAAAAAAAAUAAAAUAAAAUCACGAAGGGACUGCAACUCAGAACAGAGAGGUUCUGCAAAUUAUUCGCCGGUGGAAAAAGUCCAGCAUUUUCGCAUGGAGACCAGCUGUGUCGAAGGGUACGACCAUGCCUGCAGCAAAGCACGGCGGUGGCUUAGUGAUGCUGGUGGGCCGAGGCCCCUCCUCCGGUUCUGGAGACCUGCAGCUCACAGAGGGCGCGACGGAUCCCGUCCGGGGAGGAAAUGUCACGUCGUCUGAGUUAGAGAUGGUAUGUUGCAGCCGUUUUGUUUGAUGGGAGCACUGCACCACUAGUAAAGCACGGUGAUGGUGGAUUGGCAUUAUGAUAUUUUUUUUUAAAUCACAAGACCUUGGUCACUGAGUUGAUUAUGAACUCCUCUAUAUACUGUUGUAAAAUGUGAAGUUAUGUGUGUUGAAAUAGAUCGGAAAGCAAAGCAAUUAUCUGAAACCAACAAAUAGCCAUAAACCUAAAAAAAACUUAAACCAAAAUCUAAUGAGAAAGGGAGGAUGGAACAUAAAGUUAGCAACGUAUCAUCUGUGAAAGUGUUUUAAAACAAUUAAACCUUGGGGUGUACUUACCAAGUGAAACGGUGGAAACUGUUUCAUGUUGGUUGUAGAUUUAAAGUGAGAUGCAGAUCAGGAUGUUUGUAUGAAAUGUUCUGAUACAUAUGAACUGUACAUCUCUGUUCUUUUUGGCUCUAAUAUACGUUUUUGGUGUUAUAGAAAAACUUCCAGUCAAUUGGCAAAUGAUGACUGUUUUGAGUUUGUAAUCUGCUCACUUUCAUUGCAGUGUUUCUUUCUGGAAUGUCACAGAUGGAACAAACGGAACUCAUAAAAAUGACUCAAUAAAACUGAAUAUUUAAGGGAUAACGCGGUUCCUGUUCCGAAGACGUAAGUUAUCCUGCUUGGAAACCAACUGUCUUUUUUGUUUUGUUUUUCUUUCUACUUUUUGUAUGCAUUAGUCUAUCAAACCACAAGGGGGGGCUAUGACACAAGAUUCCCAACUGAAACUUUAGUUUGGCAAGAACUCAUUCUAUUUUAAUGCAAUUUUAGAGAUUUUUUUAAAUCAUUAUUAUUAAUCCAUCACUAAAAAAACACAGACUAUUUACAAAACUGCAUAAAUCGAAUAAAACAAACAAUAAUUCAGUUAUCCUAAGUCUACAUUAUUUUAAAAAUCUUUGACCCAAAUAUGUGAUCCUGGUUUUAUUUCAGAGCAGAGCCAGGAGGGAGUUGUGUAAAAAUAUAAACAUUAAUGAUUAAACCAGCGGUGCUAGUCCUUUUCCCUUUUAAUAUAAUAUACAUUUUUAUCACUGGAUAAAAAUGUAUAUUAUGCAUCUAAUGCCGUCUAGCCUGGGGCGUCGUUGACCUCUUUCACCUCAUGGUGGCGCCACUGAUCCUCUGUUCUUGUCACGGAAAGUUGUCAGUUUUAUUAUAGGAUUUAUUUGUAACACCAGUGUGGAUGAAAUGUGUUCACAACGCAGCAACAGACAAUACAUUGAAAUAAAAAUGCUAAAUUGGGAGUUUUAACAUAACUUGUAUACCUUUGUCAUCUCUUUCGUGUUUGAAAUUAUUAUUAAACCUA